AUCGCACGCGGUACGUGCACACAACCCACGUCUACCCUGCUGCCCUACUACGCACGAUCCCUUCCUUCUUCCUCGCACGCGCCGCGGCACGACAACGCGUCCGUCCGUCCACAACUGCCCCCUUGCCCGGCUCCUCCCUGGCGUCUUCAACUUCGUCGUACGUCCGUCCGCCAAUCUCUCUGCCACCCUCCCCUUGGCCCUUCUGCCUCCGUGCCUGGUUUCUCUUUGCUCAAUCGAAUCUACUCCUGCUUGCUUCACUUCGGUUCCUCCUAAAAGCCGCCACGCGCUUUUCUCUUUGUCUUGUCUUGCCCGCGUGUGUCGUCGGACGGACGGCGUCAUUGGAAACCGCCGGCCGCCGCCUGAAGAUUGAUUCCUGUCGGCAGACGGCGGCGACAUGAGGUUCAGGAUCGGGAAGAAGAAGAAGAAAUCGGCGGCGGCCGACGGCAGCUGGACCACCGCAUCUUCUGAUCCGGCCGCCGCCCCCGUGGCCGCGGCGGGUGCUGGUGGCAGGGUGCUGAGCGUCGCUAGCCCGGAUCACUACGGCACGGAGAACGGAGGAAGCAAUGAUGAAUCCUUUUUCGAGGCAAGGCCAUGGUUAGACUCCGACAGCGAAGAUGAAUUCCAAAGCGUGAGGGGAGACUUUACUCCUUCGAGAGGUAGCACUAGCACCCCAGAUCACCAGAUGCAAACAUCAUUCGCUGCGGGGCGGAUAUCUGUUGACAGACUGCAGCCUUCUCUGACAGAGAAGAAGCAGAGGCUCCUUGAGCUUCUCCAGGAGAAGCAGCAGUAUGACGACGAGCAGGACGGCGUCACCGAUGCUGGUAGCGAGACGGGAAACAGCGUUGUUCACGCUGAAAAGCAUCUUAACCCUUCUGAGAAAGUAGAGAGAGCAAAGAAGCCAUCCAAAACAGGCUGCUUCGCUUGCUCUGUUUGGAAGCUUAGCUUCAAGAGCUGCUUGAAGAAGAAAAAAGAGCAGAAGGAUUUGUGACUUUGGAUGUAAGAUUUUGAUUCUUGAAAAGUGUUACUGGAGGAGAGCUGAUUACAUGUAUAUACCCUUUUUUUUCCAGUGAAAUGUCACAGAUAGAAAGAAAAAGGAGUGUGUUGUGGAGUGGCCUCUUUAUAGUGGCAUGAAAUGUGAAACCAAGAUAGUGUAACGUAAAAUAUAUACGUGAUUACAUUUUUUUUUCCCA